UGUUUCUUCAGACAGUAAUAGUCGCUCCGGGAUGAGGUGAAGCAGGUCCAUCUUUUCACAGAUUGUGUCAUAUGCUGUCAAGACACGGUGACAGUUUCAACAAAUAAUAAUAAAAAAAACAUGCCUUUUAUAAAAGUUGUAUGCUGCACCUUUAAUGAACAAGAACCAACUGAAUCCCCUGCCAACCAGGAAAACUUGUCUGAUUUGGAUCACUGGCUCUUGUGCAGAUCUGGAGUUCAGGAAAACGGUUUCGAUGAACAUUUCAGCAGUUGGUCAGCGUCCCACCCAGAACCACCAGGCUGCCGUAUUUCUCCUCUGAUCUGGUGACAAGCAAAGCAGGAAGUGAAAGCAAGAGCAGGAGUUUAGUUUUCUGAGACGGCAGACGUCUGUUUCCUUGACGUCUUCUUAGGCAAUCUUCUAGUUCCGUUUAUGAACCUGUGCGCUUUAGAUGAUGUGUUCAUUCCAGAAUCAGAUUGUAGAGCCGCUUGUCAGGGACGUGGAGGAACAAAUAAGAUGACUAACCUGCCGAGAGUUCUAAUGGACAACAGGAAUCGACUGAAGGACAUCUUCAUCGGCGUUGUGGUGGGAGCGACAGUGGUCAUCAUUUACCAUACCUCUUACACGGAGCUUGAUCACUUGUAUGGACCAGCAUCCAAAAAGUCCAACGCCACGGCCUCUUUGCUGGCUGAGCCAAAGUGGGAGGACCCAGACCCGUACCAUGUUGCCUACCCACGGAACUACAAAUUCAUCAUGGAUAACUCUCCAACGUGCAAGACCACCACUCCGUUCCUGAUCUUGAUGGUUCCCACUGCUCCUGCCAAUUUGCAAGGUCGUGACACCAUCCGAAGGACGUGGGGGGGUAAGAAAACGGUCCUCGGUCAGCUGGUUGAGACUGUCUUCAUAGUGGGGCUACCUGGAGGGGUUAAUGCCAACCAGCAGCAGGCGAGACUGAAACAGGAGAGCAAGCGGUAUCGUGAUCUCAUCCAGAGUAACUUCCAGGACAGCUACCGCAACUUGACCAUCAAGACCAUGGUCAUGCUGGAGUGGCUGGUUCAGCACUGCACCAAGUCCAGCUUCAUGAUGAAAAUAGACUCGGAUAUGUUACUGCAUGUUGAGAAUUUGGUUGAACUGUUACUUGACCCGAAGACGCCUAAGGAAAACUACAUGUCGGGCUUGGUUUGGUGGCACAGCCCAGUUUUAAGAAACCCUUUCAACAAGUUCUACAUGCCACAACACGUGAUCGCCGAGCGGGAGUACCCGCCCUACCCUCUGGGCAUGGCUUACGUCAUGUCGCUGGAUCUACCCAAGAAGAUCCUGAGCGUCUCGCCUCAAAUCAAACCCAUCUACAUCGAAGACGCGUACCUGGGCAUGUGCCUGAAACGUCUGGGUGUCUCUCCUACCAACCCUCCUGAUCAGAGGAUGUUUCAGGUCAUCCCCCCUCAUCCUCUGAGCAGCUGCGAUCUCUCCAAAGUGAUCGCCAUGACUACGACGAGCAAGUACCAAAUGCAAAUCUACUGGCGGAGGAUCAUGAAGGGAGUUCACUGCUGAGCCUGAUGUGAACAUGGAUUAUUUUUGGAUGGUUUGGCAAAGUUUCUGGUUCAUUUUGGUUCACAGUAGGAAGCUAUAGUCCCAUUUCCACGGGAUAAGUGUUAUGUGAAAGGUCACAAAUAGAAGGAUGGUAUUUCUGUUGCAAUUAUUUUACUCUACAGCCUUUUUCUUUUUGAUGCUGUACGUUACAUGUUGACAGGGAUUUGGUGGCUCGAGACCCAAAAGGUUUUCAGUGGCAAGCCAGAGGCUAAGAACAGAGGCUGCGUUCUUAGCAUUAGCCAAAAGCUGCAUUCAUUCAGAAUGCAUUCUUUUGACAUUCUUUAGCCAAAUGCAUUUUUGUGGCCAUAAAAAUGUGGCCAGGAGAACAAAAACGUCUAAUAACAUUUUGGAUCCCACCCAUUUCUGUCCAAAUCAUAGAGAUACCGAUUCGCAUUGGAUUAGUUAUUAUCACAGGACCUCGGAGUUCAGCAGAUAAUUUGCAGGAGAACAUUUACUUUACAAAUUACUGACAUGGUUGAUUUGCAUUGGAUUAACAAUGCAGACAAUCCAUGUAAUUAUUACAAAUAGCACUGGUCCAUAAGUAAAACUAAUCCCAUGUGAAAAGGGCUUCAUGUUGUUUUAAAUUAAUUUACUAGGCUUUGAAAUAACUUUUUUUUACUCAUGUAUAGAGAGUGGUCAUUCUUCUGUUCACACAAAUAUUUUUACAUUCAGUUUGUAUUUGGCUGCUAGCUGUGUCGAGUUUUGAACUUUCUUCCCUUUGUAUGCAUAGAUUUUUUUCCAGUGUAUUCCAGGUUACCAAAAACCAUGCAUGUUAAGCUGCACUAAUGGAUUACAUAGGCCAAAUUAUAAAGAAAUGAAGCACAUUUAGAACAAACAUCAAAUUUGGCAUUCCUGUUACAUAAGACACACUCCCAGUUUGUAUAGGGUCUGUGUACUGGAUUGAAAGAUGGUAAAAACCUUUCCCACCAGUUGUUGCUGUUUUGCAGUGAGUUAGCUAGUUGUUGGAAAGUUAGAGUAAAAAUAUUUAAUUUUAAAAUGAA